UUCACUGAGACAGAGACGGAAAUGUCUCAAUAAAGUAAAACAAAUGCAAGUUGUCCACGAUUACAAAGAUUGAUCUGAAUGGAAGAGAAUGGCCAAUAAAGAGGAAAUUAUGACAGAAAGCACAAAGAAUACUACAUAUGAUGCAAUUUUAUCUUCAACAUGCAAUAAAAUGGAACAGAUAAAUAAUAUGCGGGGAGAAAUAGACGACAGAAUGAACAUAAGUCAAUACCAUACAAAUAAAAGACAAUCCCAGCAACUGAAUGGAGAACCAGCGGACUUUGAACUUGAAGAAUCAAUGUUUUCAGCGCUGAUGGAGGAUCCAUCGCUAGAUUUCAUGGAACUUCAUCAUGUUCCUUUAUCUGACGAAUUACCUCACGAAAUCACUCACACGGAUGUAGAUGCUUUAAUUGGUGAUGUCACCCAAAUAGACUCGAAAUUCAAUUCCAGUCAGCAAAUAAAUGGGCAAUUUGCAUCGAGCUCAAUGAAUCACGGAGACGAUGGGAAUUAUGUUAAUCCACAAGAAAGUGAGCCAAGUAUAGCUUCUGACCUACAGGAAAUGGAAGUCAGGAGAAAAGACAAGUUAAAAAAAGACAAUCAUAAUAUCAUUGAGCGAAGACGGCGAUACCACAUAAACGACAGAAUAAAAGAACUGGCUUCUUUACUUCCAACAUCAACACCACAGUCAAUGAAACUUCACAAGGGUUCAAUUUUAAAAGCAUCAGUGGAAUACUUGAAAGAUCUUAAGAAAGACAAAGAAAAGUUGGCAAGAUGUGAAGCCAGACAGAAAGAAAUGGAAGCAAAAUAUCAGAAAAUUCUGAUAAGAGAGUUUCAAAUCGAGCUGAAAAUGAGACUUCAUGGACUUUCGGUGGAAUUAGAUUUCAAACGAGGAAUGGAAAAAAAGAAAACAAAGAAGAGUUUCGACAAAGUCGACGAAAUAGUAGAAAAUUUGAUUGAGCAAAGUAUGCAGCUUACAUCAGAAAAUAUUUGUUUUUCAACUAGCUCCUCUUCAAAAGUACAGGAAAAAUCCAAAAAAUAUAAUAACAACAAAAAUAUAGAGCAUCCAAGAGCAAAAGCAGUCUUAGAAAAGUUUAUCACCAAGAAAUUAAAUAAAAAAACUAUCUCUGACUGUCAGUCAAAUUUCGUAAAGGAAAAAUCCAAGCAGAAUCAACUCAAACUGUCAUCAGAGCAAGGGAGUGCUGAAAACACCAAUGACCUAACUUUACCACAAAGGGACAAGCUGGAAAUCCCUAAGCAAGGUCAAAUGUUUCCUGUACAAAACCGGAUGGUGGCGGAAUCUUUACCCUUGUUUUCUUUUAGCAAUGAAUUAAGCAUUAAACAGUGCGACAUUUUCUCUGGAUCUCCUCAAAAGCCAGAAUAUCAGUGUUGUUCAAUUAAGCCUUCCCAAUUCUUUUCUUGUCCUCAUUUGAGUACUACUGAAAAAUCUGAAUGCACGUCUUCAAUAAAAGUGACUAGCAGCAUGCUCAAAACAUUACUAAGGAAGUCUGAAAAAACUAUCUCUCCAGCAAGUUUGAGUGAAAUGUCCCUCGAAAAAUAA